UCGGAUCUCAUCUACCAGAGCUGAUCCACGCAGAUGACAGAGCCGCCUUCCGCUGCCAGCUGCACGGGGCCCCGGUGUCCGGCAGCACCCAGCACACUGCCGAUGGUGAGUCCCUUCCUGGUGACCAGCCGCUGCCGGCUGGAUGCAACACCGCGUCUAGCCCCCAGCACCUCCGCCCCGGGAAGCACUCCUUCGUGGAGAGGAGCUUCACCUGCCGCCUCCGCUGCUUGCUGGAUAACUCCUCAGAAUUUCUGGCCUUGAAUUUCCACGGGUGCUUGAAAUUCCUUUUUGGGCAGCAGAAGGAGGCUUCGGACAGGUCCCCACUUGCUUUCUUCGCCAUUGCAACUCCUCUCCAGCCGCUCUCCAUCCUGGAGCUUCGGACCAAGACGCUGAUCUUCCAGACAAAGCACAAGCUGGACUUCACUCCCGUGGCCUGUGACUCCCAGUAG